GGAAUGCAAUACUUUUUAAGAAUCUCAACACAAUAGGGAAGUUGUCCCGUUUCCAAUGACCGUGAAUGUACCGUCUCAAUCCAUAUUCUCCAUCUUCCUCCAACUCGGCGAGGGACCAACCUGCGUCUUGCACCCACCGUAACAUUUCCUUGCCGACAUACUCAUAAUCAGACUUAAAGGAUCACAAUCAUGACGGACUCCAAAUAUUUCACAACAAAUAAAAAAGGGGAGAUCUUUGAACUGAAGGCCGAGCUCAACAAUGAGAAGAAGGAGAAGAGAAAAGAGGCUGUGAAGAAGGUCAUUGCUGCCAUGACUGUUGGCAAGGAUGUCAGUUCAUUAUUUCCAGAUGUGGUGAACUGCAUGCAGACCGACAACCUGGAGCUGAAGAAGUUGGUUUACCUCUACUUAAUGAACUAUGCCAAGAGCCAGCCUGACAUGGCCAUCAUGGCUGUCAACAGCUUUGUCAAGGAUUGCGAGGACCCCAACCCUCUGAUCAGGGCUCUGGCCGUCCGCACCAUGGGCUGCAUCCGGGUGGACAAGAUCACCGAGUAUCUGUGUGAGCCCCUGAGGAAGUGCCUGAAGGAUGAGGACCCGUAUGUGAGGAAGACGGCUGCCGUUUGUGUGGCCAAACUUCAUGACAUUAAUGCCCAGAUGGUGGAGGACCAGGGCUUCCUGGACUCAUUGAGAGACCUCAUUGCAGAUUCAAAUCCCAUGGUUGUGGCCAAUGCGGUUGCUGCCCUGUCUGAGAUCAGCGAGUCUCACCCCAACAGCAACCUGCUGGACCUCAACCCGCAGAACAUCAACAAGCUGCUGACGGCCCUCAACGAGUGCACAGAGUGGGGACAAAUCUUCAUCCUGGACUGCUUGUCCAACUACAACCCCAAGGAUGAGCGCGAGGCCCAGAGCAUCUGCGAGCGUGUCACUCCCCGGCUGUCUCAUGCCAACUCGGCCGUGGUGCUGUCAGCUGUCAAGGUGCUGAUGAAGUUCUUGGAGCUGCUGCCCAAGGAUUCGGACUACUACAACACCUUGCUGAAGAAGUUAUCCCCACCACUGGUCACCUUACUCUCUGGAGAGCCUGAGGUUCAGUAUGUGGCUCUGAGGAACAUCAACCUCAUUGUCCAGAAAAGGCCUGAGAUCCUGAAGCAGGAGAUCAAAGUGUUCUUUGUCAAGUACAACGACCCAAUUUAUGUGAAACUGGAGAAACUGGACAUCAUGAUCCGCUUGGCCUCUCAGGCCAACAUUGCUCAGGUGCUGGCUGAGUUGAAGGAAUACGCCACAGAGGUGGAUGUUGACUUUGUGCGCAAGGCUGUACGAGCUAUUGGCCGCUGUGCCAUCAAAGUGGAGCAAUCAGCUGAACGUUGUGUCAGCACCCUGCUGGACCUGAUCCAGACCAAGGUCAACUACGUGGUCCAGGAGGCUAUUGUGGUCAUCAGGGACAUCUUCCGCAAGUACCCCAACAAGUAUGAAAGCAUCAUUGCCACGCUGUGUGAGAACCUGGAUUCUCUGGACGAGCCUGAUGCUCGUGCUGCCAUGAUCUGGAUUGUUGGCGAGUACGCUGAGAGGAUCGACAAUGCCGAUGAGUUGCUGGAGAGCUUCCUCGAGGGCUUCCAUGAUGAGAGUACCCAGGUCCAGCUCACGCUGCUGACUGCCAUUGUCAAGCUGUUCCUUAAGAAGCCAUCGGAGACUCAGGAGCUGGUACAGCAGGUCCUCAGCCUCGCCACGCAGGACUCCGACAACCCUGACCUGCGUGAUAGGGGCUACAUCUAUUGGCGCCUGUUGUCCACUGACCCUGUGACUGCCAAGGAGGUGGUGUUGUCAGAAAAGCCCCUGAUCUCAGAGGAGACAGACCUGAUUGAACCCACCCUGCUGGACGAGCUCAUCUGCCACAUUGGCUCCCUGGCGUCUGUCUAUCACAAACCCCCCAGCGCCUUUGUUGAGGGCAGCCAUGGAAUCCAUCGGAAACACCUUCCUGUGCAGCACAGCAGCAUUGAUACGGGUGAGAGCCCAGUGAGCAGUGGGCCAGCAGCUGCCAUGGACCAACCACAUGUGAUCCCCAGCCAGGGUGACCUGCUGGGUGACCUGUUGAACCUGGACCUGGGCCCUCCAGUCAAUGUGCCCCAGGUCUCUUCCAUGCAGAUGGGAGCGGUUGACCUCCUGGGAGGAGGCCUGGACAGUCUGCUGGGGGGAGACCUGGGCGGAGGUGUUGGGGGAAGUCCAGCAGUGGGACAGAACUUCAUCCCCUCAUCUGUGCCCAGUACUUUUGCUCCGUCACCCACACCAGCACCUCCAGCUGUCAGCAGCGGCCUCAAUGACUUGUUUGAGCUUUCCACGGGCAUGGCCAUCACCACUGGAGGCUACAUAGCUCCAAAAGCAGUUUGGCUGCCUGCAGUGAAAGCAAAGGGACUGGAGAUCUCUGGCACCUUCUCUCGCCGUCAGGGCCACAUGUACAUGGACAUGACCUUCACCAACAAGGCCCUGCAACACAUGAACGACUUCGCUGUCCAGUUCAACAAGAACAGUUUUGGGGUGAUACCUACCAGUCCUCUGCCCAUUCACACUCCGCUGAUGCCCAGCCAGAGCAUUGAGGUCUCUUUGCCUAUCAACACCAUUGGACCCGUCAUGAAGAUGGACCCGCUCAACAAUCUGCAGGUGGCUGUGAAGAACAACAUCGACGUCUUCUACUUCAGCGUACUCAUCCCUCUCAACAUAUUCUUUGUUGAGGAUGGAAAAAUGGAGCGACAGGUGUUCCUGGCUACCUGGAAGGACAUCCCCAAUGAGAACGAGCUGCAGUACCAGAUUAAGGACUGCCACCUAAAUGCAGAUACCGUGUCAGGGAAGCUGCAGAAUAACAACAUUUACACCAUUGCCAAGAGAAACGUAGAAGGCCAGGACAUGCUGUACCAGUCCCUCAAGCUAACCAACGGCAUCUGGAUCUUGGCUGAGCUCCGCAUUCAGCCUGGCAACCCCAACUACACGCUUUCUCUCAAGUGUCGGGCCCCUGAGGUUUCUCAGUACGUCUACCAGAUGUACGACUCCGUGCUGAAGAACUGACCCCCGUAACAAUUAGAAACUCUGCUUCAUCCUGACAACAAACAGCAGUGUUUUGUCAUUUUUUUUGCUAUCUACAACAAACUACCAAAACAAGGGAAUCCAAAAGGUAAAUAAUUAAUAAAAAAAUAAACUAAUUUGGAAUAUUGGGUGCAUUUUUCCCAACAAGGCAACUGUCAGUCAAUGCAGAAGUAUUGUGGGUGAGCACCAUACUGCAGCUCUGUAUAUUGGACUGAAGUGAAAAGGUACAAACACUGACGUUUCCUUUGUUUUGGUGGUUAUUGAAUCCUCUUAACCAACUCCAUGUUUUGAUUCAUGCCUCCCAGUGAAAACAUGUCUGCCAUUCCAUCCUUAACUCGGUGUCUUAAUGUUGUGAAGAUAUGACUGAUGGUGGAACUGUCCUGAGUGGAAAGCAAAUUAAUUUUGUACUGUUUGUGGCUCACGCUUUUUUUGGUUUUGAUUUAUUUUUGAUACUUUCUUUGCUUCAGUUGUACCUGCAGAAUAGUGCCAGUGUCGAUCUGUUCUUUUUGCCGUUAAUGUGCGUCAAGAGACGAAAACCAUUAACUUUACAUAUGAAGAUGGAUGACACGUCUCCACUUCUUCCCACUGAACAUGAAUGAAGCCAGGAGGGAUCUGUGACCUGCACUGGAGCCACCAGGGGGCAGUCAUGAUGCUUUACCUUGGCUCCUGUCGGUGGUGUACAGUCAGGUCUAAACCGUGCUGUGUUUGUCAGAAGCUGCUGAUGUCUGUCCUACAGCAGGUGUGUCACCUUACAGUCACAAGUAUGGCUGACGGAGCUUCUCAUAUUUAAUUGGAUUACUCGCAGUUUGUUUAGCAUUUGGAGAAAAACAUUGCUGUUUCCCUCCAUAAGUAUGAAACAUUGUACAGAAAUUAAAGAAAAACUUUAAGUCAAAUUCCAAAAGAAAUUGGAAAAGAAAUGCAGGCUAGAGAUUACAAAGUAAAUCCUGUCAUUUCAUUGUUGUUUCCCAUCUGUGGUUUUUGUCCUGGUUGGCUCCACCUUUUUCACCUCAGCCACAUGUAAACAUCUUAGGAAGAUUUGGCUUUUUAAAACCAUUUUCUUUUAAGUCUUUUAAUGGUCAAAUUCAAAAACACAUGAAAACAGGUGACGGAACAAUUUUUAGGACCACACGGAGCAAUACAUCCAGUGUUGUGACUAAACAGAGAGACACAAGCCGUCGGUAGAACAGACAGUAAAGAAGCUUUUGAUUGACAAGUAAAGUACAGUACAUUUGUUUAAAUUUUUGAGUAAAACUUCCUGGUUGCCAUUAUUUUCCACUUAAGUCUUUGUCCAUUAGUUUGAACCACUACGCAAACCACAGCAGCUACUGAUGAUGUGUUGACACACCAGUGCCACGUAAGAACAAUAACUGCUCAUUCAUUUCAUGGCGUACUUUUUGUAAGAGCCCUGUUUACUGCAACCACAUAGUUGUACACGGCUUUGUAUACCUAUAUUUCAUUACUGUUUAUUGUGCAUCUACCUCUGUGUGUUUCCUUUAUAACUGGCUUGAUUGUUGCAGGAGAGUCUAUAGCUACUUCAUUAUGCUUUACAUGUUUUCACCUUUUAUUUUAAUGACAUUGUUGUCGAGCCAGCGUGAACCUGUGGUGAGUCAUCCAAACCAAUGUCGCAGGACCAAGCAACCACACAAAUUAAAUGCCAAGUCUGUCUUUUAGUCCCCAAAGUGUCAAAAUUACCUGCUAACGUUUUUUUGUGCUGUAGAACAUUAGAGUGCAUACGUCCAAAGGCCUAGAGUUGCUCUAGUACGGUUUAGUCCAGUGGUGGUGUAGUUUGUGUAGCUAAUAAAUCAAAAUGUUUUUGUAACACCCUGAAAAUUAAAUGAAGCUCAGUAAAGGCUUCUUCAGUGUAACAGUUGUGUUGGUAACACUACUUUCCUACAUGGUAAUGUAAAAAUAUGUAUUAUGUGCCUGCAUGAGCCCAAUGUCUAUUUGAUCUUUUUUUUUUCAUUUAGGCUGUGAGUUUUUCUCCAUUUAAAAACGAAUCUCCCAACUUCAUGUCUCUGUUGCAGAUCUCAUGUUUUUAAGCAGAACUGUCUGAAGCACUCCUACUAAUAGAAGAAUAUACAGGAUUAUCGCCAGCACUACAGAAUGUAUGGCGAGAGCUACCAUAGCAUCUUAUGAAAUGGAAAAUUUCUAGCGUCGUUGCUGUAACCCCUGUUGUAUACAUGAUCUGUUUUGUCACAAUAGCACAUCUUGUCAAUAAAUUGUCAAACAAAUGAUGAAA